CUGACAUCAGAGGAGGCAGGGGCGCUCCUUCGCCCCGGUCCAAACUCCACUUACAAAGUCCGACAUUAUAUCUGUCAGAGAGGAGACCUGCAUGGACAAACCCGGGACUAAUACCCAUGGUUUCGUGCGUUUUACGGCGAUGAGGGAUUCCAGAGGUUUAACGCACCUCCAAUUGCCAAAGAAGGGGCUUUUACGCUCAAAUAUUUGUUAGAAAAAGAGUGGAAAGGUAGAAGGGGCGUGCAUGUUACUCGGUGGGCUUCAUUUCCUCGGUGCUGCAGAGCCGGAGCUGGAUGACAUGAUGCUGCAGAGUCCGCUCACCUCCACGCCGUUUUCUGUCAAGGAUAUCCUCAAGCAGCAGGCCGGGUCCUUGGAGCUCCAGCACCGAGCACUCACCCAGCAGCAGUUGACCGGGUCUCCUCCCCAGCAGCGGCGGCAUUUCCAAACCCCGCCGUCCUGCAUGCUCGCCGGGGCCCGGGACAGUUCUCCCUUCUCGGACGGUGAGGACAACCUGGCCUACCUCAGCGCGCUAGCGGCGCGCGAGGAGGACCGAGGGGAGACCAGCCUGUCCCCGGACAUGUACGUCCACCCGGGCCUGCAGGGAGCCAAGCUGGAGGCCGCCGAGCUGGACGAACAAGAGAGCAAGAGCUGCGCGUUGGUGUCCCGGGAAGAGGCCGCGGAGGGCGGGCAGGGUGACUCGGAGCGGCCGGUGCAGAAGCAGAGGAGCCGGAGGAGACCCAGGGUACUCUUCUCCCAGGCGCAGGUCUUCGAGCUGGAGCGGCGCUUCAAGCAGCAGCGCUAUCUGUCCGCCCCCGAGCGCGAGCACCUGGCGACCACCCUCAAGCUCACCUCAAACCAGGUGAAGAUCUGGUUCCAGAACCGCCGAUACAAGUGCAAGCGGCAGCGGCAGGACAAGUCUCUGGAGGCGGUGGGGCAGCACCACCCUCCGCCGCCCCGGCGCGUCGCUGUGCCGGUGCUGGUGCGCGAUGGGAAGCCGUGUCUGGGCGGAGCGCAGAGCUACGCCUCCGCCGCUGCUCCGUACGGAUCCAACCCGUACGGAUAUAACGGAUACCCGGCGUACACGUACAACAGUCCCGCGUACAACACCAAUUACAGCUGCACCUACACCAGCAUCCCCACCCUCCCCCCGUCUGGCACCUCCAACGCCUUCAUGAACAUGAACUUGGGAAACGUGAGCGGCCUCGGUGGCUCCCCACAGGCCCCGACACACCAAGGGACAGCGGUCACAUCGUGCCAGGGCUCCCUGCAGGGUAUCCGGGCCUGGUAGCCUCACCAGAACACAACUAGUGUCUCUGGGGUUUUUUAUGGAGCUCUUACAUUUUCGGUCAAAACACAAGAUUUUAGAAGUGUGUUAACUUCUCCUCAGAAAACAGUUAUGUUUAUAUAAUGGCUGCGAGUUUGGAUUCACCUGACAUUUCACUCACAUUACCGGCUACUUGGACGGUAACAUAGCCGAGAUUAGUGUGCAUAAAGGCCGGAUGUCACACAUGUGAACAGGCACAGUUUGGGGAAAUUUCAUUUUGUGGUCCAACAAUAGUUGGUGCUCUAGUUUGGCACUGACAAGACUGAUGCACAGAGGGGAAAAUUACGCACAAAUGUGCGUAUUUCUCCUUUUUUGAACUCCAAAAAAUAUGAUUCGUUUUUUAUUAAAAAUAACGUUUGUUUUUAACAUGGUAACUUGUUAGGCUUUUGGAGAGAUUGAAUUGCUUUUAAGGUGAUUUUUUGGUUCGACAGAGAAUUGUUUUAUUCUAUUUCACAUCUAUUCAAAUAAAUCAGAGAAAUGAGGGAAAAUAAAGGUGCGUUUGAUUCUGUAUUCCAGCAACAACAACAAAAGAUUGUGUCCUAUAUAUUUUUGGUUGUAAAACGUCCUCAGUGCUGUAGAAACUAUGGUGAAAUACAUCACCGUCACAGAACUGAAACGGAAUUUUCCCCCUAAAUAAUAAAAAGUAAGAAUAAGAAUAAUAAUCCAAUAAUUAUUGCUCCCAUGUGGGGUCACAGAAGUGAAUCAGAUGCACGGAGGCAGAAAUCUCACUCGCAAACAUAUUAAGGGGCAGAGCUGCUGCGGGAGGCCGGGCCACAGGAACUCUUUGUCCCGGUGCCAGGCGACGUGAAAGGAGGAAGUUAUUCUCCAUUUGAGGUCCUUUAAAGGACGCGAUUAAGCACCUAAAAUACACCCGAAGAGCGAGCAGCAGCCGAGCCAGGGAGACGGGAAUAAUGGCCCUUAUUGGAUUGUCGGACAAAAGGUGUGUGGUAGGCAGAGCCGUGCACUCAGCAAAGACAAAGGCGCAC